GUUCAAGAAGGGGGUGACAGUUGCUGCCUUUAUAGGACUCUGGUGCUACGGAAGCGCUAACACGGACACUUGUACAAAACAAUGGGUUGUUUCUGACUCUUUUUGAGUGACCCCAGACAUUCAUGUAAAGGUGAUUGGCAUCCUGCCCUUGCGUAAUCAGCGUGGAAUGCUUCUGAAGAUGGUGUAUGCUCUAUUUGAACGACUUCCCGUCUACAGAUAUGGUCGAGUUGAGCUCAACCUCUUCAUUAGCGAAAAGGAGUAUAUGAAACUGGUCUCCCGACCUGGUGACAUGAUGAACUACAGAGCCUUCGGUGUCCUCUGGCAGAUGGCCUGUGAUAUAACACUACUGCACAAGGAACCCUGGCAUUCGUUUGUGUCUUCCAAACAGUGUCACACAGUUCAAAAGGGCAAGAUUCCCAAUGAUCAUUUGUGCCUGGUACGCCUGCAGCCAAGAGCUGAUCUUUUCUCAUCCUGGCUUUCUCCGUCCAACGCUGGAACGUUAUUAAUGAUGGUCAAACAAUGUCUAGCCAAAAGGAAGGUCAAACUCGUAGAUAGACUCAAUCUGUGGUCUCCAGACAGCGGUAGCAAGCUUCUAGAGGAAAUGGGCCUGCCUGAGGACAUUCUGACUGGGAAUGUGUUUCCAGAGGAGUACCUGAGACUGUUCCAGCUGAUGGAAAAGAGUCAGGAGUUCACCCAGAGCUGGCUCUACGAUGAGAUCCUGGAGAACACACAGAGAGAGGGAUGGGCAUAGAACAUUUUUAUAUUUCUAUGACAAAAUCACAUGCAAUAUAUAAAUAUUCAGAAUAUUAUUGUAAAGUUGUGAAACAACGUGAAUAAUUUAUACGGUUAGCUGAGAUGGCCUAAUUUAUAUAGUAUACGUUUUAAAAAAUAUU